AUGGACAAUCCUCACCAGCCUGGCCCGCAGCCCGACUUCGAUGCGGUCGCACAGUCGUUCAAGGAUGUCGCUGAGAAUAUGCAGCUUUGCAAUAACCUGCCGCAAAUACAGCUCGCGGAGAUAGCUCGUACGGGCUUCGCCGAGAUGAGAGAGGGGUUCGCCGAGAUGAGACGGGAGUUCGCAUCUAUCCGUAUCGACAUGUACAAUCAGCAAGUGCGCAUCGAGAAUACCCAGCGACAUCUCGAGCACAUCGACCUCCUUCCACUCCGCUCCUUCAUACUAGCUCCCCCGCAGGAUAUCCCAGACUUCCCCGCUUCGGCUGCAGCUGUUGAUGCGAUGAAUGCAACUGCACUAAACGCGUUGCUGCAGCAUUUGCAGCAGCCUAUACGGGGAACGGUGGCAGAGAAAAAGAAGGUGGUCAAGAGACAGGUUGGGAUAUACAUUGUCCGGACGGCAACGCAGGUGUAG